GUGUGUUGUAAUUUAUAAAUUUCGUUUUCGUACUGGUUUUGUAUAUUAUGUGCGCCCUACGACUUUUCGGCUGUUGCUGUAGUCGAUAGCCAAAAGUUAAUAAUUUAAUAUUCAUACUUACGUUUCCAGUUCGAUAUUAUUUAUUAUUGUUGUCAUCGUCCCGUACACGGUUCGGUGUCCGGUCAUGUCGUCGAAUUGCCCGUCAACUUUUGAAAGACUUCUGACAGCAUUGAAUUGUAUGCUGAACGAUGGUUUCGCAAUACAAGAUAAAACGCUGCUAGAAAAACUUUUGACAAGUUUGCAGAAUGCCGACGCUUUGUUGAGUACAGUUCCGAUCAACGUUCAUUGCAAAUGGUUUGCCAGUGUUUUGGAAAUAUAUCAAAAUCAAACUCCAAUAUCUAGAAAUGCUUGUAUACAUCUGUACGCAUUUGCCCUCAAAUACUUGGCCAUAUUGGUAAAACAUGACAAUGGCUUGGACGCAUUCAUUGAGACGCACACUCUCCAAUCUAUGAUUAAUCAGUUAGAUGUUACGUCUAAUCUUAAGGAGUCAUCAAUUUUUAACGCUUAUAUGUCAUUGUUGCAGUCAUUGAAUACUCAUAAACGUGGUCUUGAGUAUGUUUUCCAAGAAGGUUUAUGGAAAAUUAUUCUUUUUUCUAUUCAUGGAUUAACUGUACCUGCAAAAUAUGUUGAAAUUCAAGCUAGUCAAUAUAUUGCUGACUUAAUUUAUAAGUCAUUUGACUAUGAAAUGGCGCAUUAUUGUGAGCCUCUGCUUGAAGAGCUAUUUAAUAACUUAAAUUCAACUGAUAAUCUAACUGCCAAUCAUCAAGAUAUAAAAGAAUUUGUUGGCUAUAAUGUUUAUGUAAAAACAUUAAUUUUAUCUUUGGAAAAAUUCAUCGGAACUAAGUAUGAAUCUGAUGUUGUCUGUAAAAUAAUUAACAAAUAUUCUUUAUCAGAUGUAUUAGUGAAUAUUCAAAAACUAUUAAAUGUAAAUCCAAUCCUAUUAAAAAACUAUAUAACAUUACAUUUAAUAUUUGAUUGUCUUACUGUUUGGCAUAAUUCGGACAUGGAAUAUGUAUUAAAAUCAAUUUUUUAUCAUAUGAAUAACCCAAAAAAUAUUCAUUCAUAUAAAAAAAUCAACAACUUAUGUACACAAGCAAUUAAAUAUGCUAAUACCAGUAAUGCACAAUUAACAGCUAACCCAGUAUUUGAGAAGGAAUUAAUUAUUGGGCAGUUGAUACCUUUAAAUAAAUGUUCAGACUGGAUACUAUGUUCUAAACACAAAAAAUCCAAGUAUGAUAGAAGUUGUAUUAUUGAAUCAAAAUACAUUUUAAAUUAUUGCAGUAAUUAUGAUUCUAUGAUAAAUGAAGUGGCCAUUUCUUCUAUACUCAACAUUGUAGAUAUUAUUCCUAUACUGAAACAAAUGUCACUGGAUUACUUAUUCAAUUUUUUUUCAACUUUAACAGAACGUUUUUUUAACUCUGACAAUUGGCUAGAACAGUGUCAAUCUCGAGAUUCUAUUUAUAACAAAUUCUUAGAAAUAUUAUCUUACAUAUUUAUAUGUUGGGCUAAAGUAAUAGAAUGUAAAUUAUUUACUGAAACUACAACACAUAAUGAAUUGUUGGUGUCACUUGUACAGAGCCUUAGUCAGUUUCUUCAUAAACCUUCCCACAAUUCUACUCUCUUACAGAAUGGUUUGAAAUUAAUUAGUACUGCGUUAAAUAAUAUGGACAAAGAAAAUGUACAAUACACUGGUAAUCUGGAAAAUUUUGGUACAUUAUGUACUACACUUCAUAAUUUACUUUUGGAUACCAGGCCAGAAAUUCGAGAUAGUUCUUUACAGUGUAUUACUAGCAUAGUAAAUGUUUCUAAAUACAGUUCUGGGAAUUUUUUUAUCAAAAUCAUUUUGGAAAAACAUUUGUCAAUAGCUGUAAUGAAUACUCUUAAACAUGACAAUGAUCCAUUUGUGAGAUCUAAAGCUCUUGAAUGCUUAGAAAAAAUGGUAUCUGUCUUAGAUAUUUGGGAAACAUCUUUAAAAGAAUCAGAUUUAAUUACACAUUGUUUAAACUUAAUGCAAUACGAAUCUGAAGGAAUUAUUAGACGACAAAUUGUAAAACUCCUCACUGCAUUAUUCAUUAAUAAUGAGCUCAGUGAUAAUCUAUUUAACGAAAUAUGCAUUGUAAUGGUACACAUUAGCAUCAAAGAUCCACUUUGGGAAGUAAAAACAUUUACUUAUGAAUUUUGGAGUUCUGUUGUCUAUAAAUUUAUUGGGAAAUGUUGUAAACAAAAUAACACUGAAAGACUAAAUGACAAUCUUGUUAAAUUAAGUUCAACAGGCUGCUUACAUGUUCUUUAUGUUGCAUUAAAAGAAGAACAUGAUUUAGUUGUACAAAAAAAGGCCAUUUGCUUAGCAAAAGAAUUGAUUGCUACGAUAAACUCUAUUGAUGAUAAUAUGCAAGAUUUAAAUGUUAAACUUAAAAGGAAACCAGUGAAUUGUCUGCACAAUAUUAUUGAUGAAAGCAUUGAAAAUUGUUCUGGCUCCAUAAAUAAAAAAUCCAGACAAUUAGACUCAGCCGAUAGGAUCUUAAGCUCUAUUACUAUUUCAAGUGACAGUGAAUUAUUGCCAAGUCUUAAGUCUUUCAAUAACAGUAAUAUUUAUCCAAAUAAUAUUUGUCUUCGCCAGAAAACUGAUAUCUAUAUAAAAAUAGAUGAUUUUUUAAAUUUUACUUCUAUUUAUGAUUUUAAUGACUGUGAUACUAAGACACAAUGGGUUAUAUCUACGAGGUCUGGUUUGGAUUCAAUGUUAGAUGAUAUAAUUGAUCAGUCACAAAAUUGUUUCAUUGAAGGAGCUGAUCUUUUAGAUUGUCAUUAAUUAUAUUGUGCCUAUUGUGUUAAACCUAAAUAUAUUUAAUACUAUGUUUAUA